GAACGCCUCCCCAACGGCAUUCUGGGACUUAGAGGCUCUCUCCUCGUGUCCCUCCGGCUUCUCCUUCUCGGGGCCAGUGGCAUGCUAGUAUUUGCUGAACCUUUGCAUCUGAACUCCUUGGGAGUCUCACCUAGAGAAGGGACGAGUUUAGCAAACAAUGUAGCGUAGAAGACGCUUUUACUUUCUUUUAGUCCUCCUCCCUUAGGGUCGAGACUACGUUUCCCAGUCAUCAGAGCUCAGGCCGCUUGGAGAGAUGGCGCGAUGCACCUUGGGUGUUGUAGUUCUCGCUUGAACCAGGCUUCCGCACCCGGGGCUAUCCCGGUGCCGAGGGCCGGACUACAUUUCCCUUCAGUCCUCCCGAAUUCCCUCGGCCGCCUUGGCGGAGACAUUUGCGAACGGAGUGUCUCCAAGAUGGCUGCUUGGGGAAGGAGGCGCCUUGGUCCGGGCAGCAGUGGCGGCAGUGCCCGAGAGAGGGUAACCUUGUCUGCCACAGAGUGUUAUAUCGUUCAUGAAAUCUACAAUGGAGAGAAUGCCCAAGACCAGUUUGAGUAUGAGUUGGAACAGGCUCUGGAGGCGCAAUACAAAUACAUAGUUAUAGAGCCCACCCGGAUUGGCGAUGAGACUGCCCGAUGGAUCACUGUUGGGAACUGCCUGCACAAGACAGCUGUGCUGGCAGGCAGUGCCUGCCUCUUCACCCCGUUGGCACUUCCCUUAGAUUAUUCCCAUUACAUCUCCCUGCCUGCCGGCGUGCUGAGCAUGGCCUGUUGCACCCUCUAUGGAAUCUCCUGGCAGUUUGACCCCUGCUGCAAGUAUCAAGUGGAGUAUGAUGCCUAUAAACUUUCCCGACUGCCUCUGCAUACGCUCACUUCCUCCACUCCUGUGGUGCUGGUGAGGAAGGAUGACCUGCACAGAAAGAGACUGCAUAAUACAAUAGCACUUGCUGCCAUGGUGUACUGUGUAAAGAAGAUUUACGAGCUCUAUGCUGUAUGAUUUCAGUAGAAAAGGGAGAGAAAGAGAAAAAACACCCACAAAAGACAACAGUGUAUUAAGAUUUCCACAGUAACAUUUUUUUUCCUCUGAAAUGCAGUGGAGACUGGGAAGGUGUUUGGUUUAAUAUUUGUUAUUUUUCAGAGUAAGACAAAUCACUGCUACACCAAGGGAUUUUCAGCUCAUUACACUAAGAUGUGGAUCUGCAGUGACUUGACAUGUUCUAGGCUGUGGAAGUCUGAUUGAGCAGUGGAAUGUUGAUGGAAGCAAACGAUAUCAAGGGGGGUGUGAAAUGCUUUUUUGGGGGAGGGGGGAAUCUUUCAAGUAUAUUGUUUAACUGUACCAUCCAGAGCCAGCCAGAAGCUAUUGACCAUUAAAAUAAUGAGCAUUUCAAGUGUUUUUCUCUCCAUGCCUUUAUAUGUACCUGUUUUUAAGGAUCACCUUUAGGAUGGUGGCUUAAGGUUGAUCUGAGGGACAAGUUGUGGUUUUGUUUGUAUUUAACAUGAAUCUUAGAAGUUUGUUGUUCAUGAGGUGCCUUCUGCACCACUGUUGAAACCCAUUGGAAUGGGGUGACCAUAAUCAACCAAGGGUCCCGCCCCCCCCCCCCCCAGUAGAAUACAAAACUUUACUUGGUCACUCUGUGGCUCCACUUUGUUCUGGGGAGGAGAAGAGGGGCACUAAACUUGACAGCAAAGUGCUAUGGACUUGACAUCCUACUUUACUCUGUAGUGAUCUCAAGACUUCCAGGAAAUGUGAACGAAAUCUCCUGAAAAGAUUAGAAACUCCUGCCCUAGCUAACAACUGUUGUAAGAUUUCUCUUCUCAUCUGUCCAGUUAUUUAUCUAUUCUCUCUCUCUGGGUGGCCAGUUGCUAGACUGCCAGAUUCACUUGUGGUUUAGAUUUAAGGUUUUAAAAUUGCCAGGAAGUCCUAUCUCUAGAACUGAAUGCCCAAACCAUUCACAUUCCACUUGGCGAGUCACGGUGUGGGUGGCAAAAUGAUGUUGGGGGAUCUUUUAGAUUUUGAAUUUUAACAGUAAAUUUUUGCAGGUAACUGGCCACAGGGAAAGUGAUCCCCAAUA